AUGUUCUCAGAUGAGCUCAAGGCCUUUAGUUUCCUACUCCAAGUUCUUAAUUUCACUUCCGCCAUCGCGUCUGGUCUCAUGCUAUGGAAAGGUCUCGGUCUGUUCUUGAACACAGAAUCCCCAGUCGUUGUCGUCCUCAGUGGCUCGAUGGAACCAACAUUCUACUGUGGCGACCUUCUUUUCCUCACCAACCCCGCAGGUGAACGCUACCACACAGGCGACAUUACAGUGUAUAAGAUCCCCGGCGCCGACAUCCCUAUCGUGCACCGCGUCAUGGAGACCCGGGACGUCUUUAUCCCAUUUGAGAAUUCGACGGAGAAACGGAUUAUCAAUACCGGACUCGCAAAGCUCAAACUCCCACCUGGAGAACAUCAACUGAUGCUUACGAAAGGCGACAAUAAUCAUGUUAAUGACCUUGACCUCUACCAGGGCCUUGAAUGGCUCGAGCGAAGACAUAUCGUCGGGAAAGUCCGUGGGUUUCUGCCAUAUAUCGGCUACCCCAUGAUCACCUUGAACGAUUUCCCGCAACUCAAAUACGCGCUUUUGGGAGGUCUUGGGUUGUUGGCUGUCAUACAACGGGAGUAGGAUUCCCUUUACUUAGGUGCUUCCACGUAAGGUCACUACACCCACAUGUAUAUGAAAUGGCAGAACUGACCUCAAUG